AUGGGUAGACGACCUGGUAGAGCUGCUGCGAAAAAUGCUGCUGCUGCAUUGAAAAACACUCCACAAACCUACGAUGACGCCGAAGAUGAUCCAAUAGUCGAUGCACCACUGUCAGAUCCCGGUACACCUCCCGAAAAUGACGAAGAUGAAAAUGGAGAAGAGGAAGAAGAGGUCGUCGAAUCAGAAGCCGAAGAAGAAGUUCCAGCUACACCCGUUCCGGAAACCACCAUUCGUAAAAAGCGAUUAGGAAGACCUCCAAAGAAUAAACCUCCAGGGUGGGAUUUAGAUGAUGGAACUACUUCUGAGGCAGCUACACCUAGUCGAGGAAGAGGUAGAGGUAGAGGAUUUAGAGGUGGUGGAAGAUGGGCUAGAAGAGGUGGUCCAAGUCAUGUUACACAACAACCAGUUGAUAAGGAGGGAAAUAUGAUGGACGUUGUGAAUGAUGAAGUGGAAUUACCUGAAGAUCCAGAAGGAGAGAAAAAGGUUGAUAAACUUGGUUAUUUACAAGAUGGUCGGGAAUAUCGUUGCAGAACUUUUACGGUUCAUGGCAGAGGAAAGAGACUUUACAUGUUAUCAACGGAACCAGCACGUUGUGUAGGAUUCAGAGAUAGUUACCUUUUCUUCGCGAAACAUAAGAGGUUGUUUAAGAUUAUUAUUGAUGAGGAUGAGAAGAGGGAUAUGAUUGAACGAGAACUUAUUCCUCAUUCUUAUAAAGGAAGAGCUAUUGGAAUUGUUACUGCGAGAUCAGUCUUUCGCGAAUUCGGUGCUCAGAUUAUUGUUGGAGGCAAAAGAAUUACAGAUGAUUAUGAGGUUGCGAGAGCUAGGGAAGAAGGAGUUGAAGAAGGUUCUUUAGCUGAUCCAAAUGAUGCAAUUAAAGAUGGAGAAGCAUAUAACAAAAACCAAUACGUCGCAUGGCAUGGAGCAAGUUCAGUAUAUCAUUCCGGUCAACCUACUGUUCCACAACAAACUGGAAAGUUGAUUGAUGGAAAGAAGAGAAAGAUUAUGGUUAAUGAUGUUAAUUGGAUGUUAGAACAUGCUCGAGAAGCUAGUCGAUUCAAUUCCGGAAUCUCAGCAGCUCGUCGUCAAAAUCUAAAUGGUAUCUACGAUCCUCAUACAAAUAUUAUGCAAUACCCACGCACUAUGCAACCAACUCAUGCUCGUUGGGAACAAAUAGACGACAACGAACCACAAUCCUCAUCCACAGAUUCAUCACUCUUUCCACCCGUCAAACCUUUCUUUUCUAGAAAUCUCAUGAUCGUAGAUACAUAUAUGGAAUCAUCACCAUCAACACAUUAUGGUGUUCCAGGUCCAGAUGGUGCAGGAUGGGAUUUGGGUAUAGGUGUAAACGCGAGUACAAAUGCAGGGACAGAAGAUAAUCUUUUGGGUAUGGAUGGUUUAUGUGGAGUUAGUGAAGAUGUACUGGAUGUUUUACCAGAAGAUUGUAGGAAAGCUUUUGAGGAAGCGAGAGAGAGGGAAAGAGAAUGGAAGGGUAGAUGGAAUACUGAGGGUGUAGAUGGCUGUAGGAGAAGUGUUAAGGUUGAUAAGGGGUUAAUUUUGUAA